AUGUAUACAUGUGCUUCUCUCCCCCAUAUGUCUGUCUGUCUCUGUCUACAAUUAAUCUAUCUAUCUAUCUAUCUAUCUAUCUAUCUAUCUAUCUAUCUAUUCUUAUUUCUAUUAUCUAUUUAUCGCAUCUAUCUAUUUAUUCAAAGAGUUAUUUACUUUAUCUAUCUAUCUAUAUAUCUAUUUAUCUAUUUCAUUGAUAUUUUUUAUAUCUAUAUAUUUUAUUUAAUGUGUGUUUAUAUUAUUCAUCUAUCUAUCUAUUUUGAAAAAAAAUCUAUCUAUAUUUUUUAUUAUCGUAUCUAUGAUUACUAUCUCUAUCUAUCUCAGAGUGUAACAGUUUAUCUAUCUAUCUUUGUAUCUAUCUAUCUAUCUAUCUAUCUAUCUAUCUAUUUCAUGUGUAUGACCGUAUCUCAGUUUGUUUUUAUCUAUCUUUUAAUAUCUAUCUAUCGUUUAUAUCAGGACCAAUGCUAA